AUGUCACACCUAGAGGACACCAUCCAUCCCCUCCAUCCUGGUGACCCGGGACCGAUGCCCGAGAAAUCCGAGAAAGCGCCAUCUCAGCACUCAGAUCUAUCUUCUGAACAUGCCGCAGACAUCCAUCACGGCACUAUUUUGGGCAAUGAGGUCCACGCCGGACUGCAACGUAGACUCGGCAAUCGUCAGAUACAGCUGGUCGCCAUUGGUGGAUCCAUUGGAACUGCCAUAUUCGUGACCAUCGGAGACGCACUCCGUAAAUCAGGCCCCGGUGGUCUGCUGCUAGCAUUUCUGAUCUACAAUGCCAUGCUCGCUAUGGUCAACAACUCCAUGGCGGAGAUGUCGACAUACAUGCCCGUGAGUGGUGGUUUCAUCUACAUGGCCGGCAAAUGGGUCGACGAUGCGCUAGGCUUCAUGGUCGGCUGGAACUUUUUCCUCUAUGAAGCCAUCAUGGUCCCCUUCGAAAUCACAGCGAUUAAUAUGGUGCUGUCCUUCUGGCGUAACGAUAUCCCCCCAGCGGCUGUCUGCGUUGCUUGUAUUGUAAUAUACGCUUGUCUGAAUGCCCUAGCGGUCAAAGGCUAUGGCGAAUCCGAAUUCUGGCUUUCCGGUGGGAAAGUCAUCUUGAUAUUCAUCCUGUUCGCCUUUACCUUUGUCACCAUGGUAGGAGGUAACCCGCAGCACGACGCCUUUGGAUUCCGUCAUUGGCGUCAUCCUGGCCCGUUCGCAGAAUAUCUCCAUACGGACGACCUAGGGCGAUUCGAAGGUUUCUUAGCCGCGCUAUGGGCCGCCUCGUACACUUGUGUCGGUCCGGAGUACAUCUCAAUGGUAGCUGCCGAAGCAAAGCAUCCCCGUAUCUACAUCAAAAAUGCGUUCAAGACCGCCUACUGGCGUUUCGGAGUCUUCUUCGUGGGAAGCGCUCUUUGCUGCGGUAUCCUAGUCGCCUAUAAUGAUCCCACUUUGGUCGCAGUGUACUCCGGUGAGUCCGAGGGUGCAGGAACCGCUGCUGCAUCGCCAUACGUAAUCGCAAUGGAUAAUCUAGGUGUCAGUGUAUUGCCACAUAUUGUCAGUGCCCUCCUAAUAACGACGAUCUUUUCCGCCGGCAACACGUACACUUACUGCGCCACGAGGAGUCUGUACGGCCUCAGUAUUGAUGGUAAGGCGCCAAAAUUCUUGAGCAAGUGUACGAAAGGAGGGGUGCCAAUCCGCUGUGUCGCUGUAGUCAUGGCGUUCCCCUUUCUUUCCUUCUUAACAUUAUCUAGCAGCUCGUCGCAAGUUUUGACCUGGCUCAUGAAUCUGUUGACGGCAGCCGCCAUUAUCGAUUAUAUUGUCAUGUGUGUCACGUAUAUUUGGUUCUAUCGAGCAUGCAAAGCGCAAGGUUUCGACCGUUCUAAGCUUCCUUACAAGGGCUGGUUUCAGCCCUGGUGCGCCAUUAUCGGCCUUCUGUGGAUGACGAUGAUUGUAACCUGUUAUGGGUACACCAGUUUCACCCCCUGGAAUGUGACGACCUUUUUCACGCACUAUACGAUGCUUCUAUUUGGAAUCAUCACAUUUGGCGGGUGGAAAUUGUUCAAACGCACUCGGCUAUUGCGCCCAGAUGAACUCGAUCUCACCUUAGAUGCUCCCGAUAUUACUGCAUAUGAAGAGGCCGCGAAAAUCAACGAUCCCCCGAUUGGGUUCUGGGCUGAGCUCAUCCAGCCUUUUAGGUCAAAGUGGAAAACGACUCAAGAGCACCUAGACCGUACAGUUUGA